AUGGAGAGGUUUCAUAAGUUUGCUCUCCUAGGUUUGGUUAUGUUCCUCGGUCUGAUCGGCUCCCCAACCACGGCCAAUGAAUAUGCUUGUUCGAGUACCGAUCAAACUUUUACCCGUGCCCAUUUUCCUAAGGGUUUCAUUUUUGGUACCUCAACCGCAGCUUUUCAGGUUGAAGGAGCUGUAGAUAAAGGAUGUAGAGGCCCAAGCAUGUGGGACACCUACACUAAGAAAUUUCCACAUAAAUGUAAUUAUCACAAUGCCGACGUUGCUGUCGAUUUCUACCAUCGUUACAAGGAAGAUAUCAAGUUGAUGAAAAGUCUAAACACUGAUGGAUUUAGAUUUUCAAUUGCAUGGCCCAGAAUAUUCCCACAUGGUAGGAUGGAGAAAGGAAUAAGCAAAGCAGGUGUGCAGUUUUACCACGACUUAAUCGAUGAGCUCCUCAAAAAUGAAAUAACACCAUUAGUAACCGUUUUCCAUUGGGACACUCCCCAAGACUUAGAAGAUGAAUACGGUGGCUUCUUAAGCGACCGCAUAAUAAAGGAUUUUACGGAGUACGCAAAUUUCACAUUCCAAGAGUAUGGACACAAAGUAAAGCAUUGGGUCACAAUCAAUGAGCCAUGGGUGUUUAGUCGAGGUGGCUACGACAUCGGGAAAACAGCACCGGGACGAUGUUCUAAGUACAUCAGAGAACAUGGAGACAUGUGUCACGAUGGACGGUCAGGAUACGAAGCCUAUAUCGUUAGUCAUAACUUGCUCUUGGCACAUGCCGAUGCUGUUGAAGCCUUUAGAAAAUGCGAAAAGUGCAAAGGUGGUAAAAUUGGGAUUGCUCAUAGUCCAGCUUGGUUUGAGCCGCACGAGCUCUCGGAAGAUGAGCACGAAACUCCUGCAACUAAUUUGAUUGACUUCAUAUUGGGAUGGCAUUUGAAUCCGACCACGUAUGGAGAUUAUCCACAAUCGAUGAAGGAUCAUGUCGGAGAUCGACUACCAAAAUUUACAGAGGCACAAAAGGAGAAAUUGAAGAAUUCUGCUGAUUUUGUAGGAAUCAAUUACUACACUUCCCUAUUUGCAUUGCAUGACGAAGAGCCAGAUCCUUCGAAACCGAGUUGGCAGAGUGAUUCCCUCAUCGACUGGGAACCAAGGUAUGUGGAUAGAUUCAGUGCUUAUGCUAGCAAGCCUGAUGUCGCUAAAGUGGAAGUCUACGCAAAUAGUUUGAGAAGCCUUUUGAAAUAUAUAAAGGAUAAAUAUGGCAAUCCUGAAAUCAUUAUCACCGAGAAUGGAUACGGAGAGGAUUUAGGCGAGCAAGACACGAGUCUUGUAUUGGCGCUCUCAGAUCACCACAGAACAUACUAUAUCCAGAAGCAUCUUUUGAGCUUGCACCAAUCCAUUUGCGAUGAUAAAGUAAACGUUACAGGGUAUUUUCUUUGGUCAUUGAUGGACAAUUUCGAAUGGCAAGAUGGAUACAACGCGAGAUUCGGACUAUACUACGUUGAUUACAAAAAUAAUUUGACCCGCCACGAAAAAUUAUCUGCCCAGUGGUACUCGAGUUUCCUCCAAGCUGGACUGAAAGAGUUCGAGUUUGAGCAAGAUGAGUUGUAG